AUGAUAUGGUAUGAUGAGUGUUUCCUGCGCUACUCAAACAGGAACAUCUUCUCCGCCAUGGACACAGACUUCACUUUAUUCAUGACGAAUCCAAAUAAUAUAACAGCUAAUAUAGAAUAUAAUGAGCUAGUGGUGAGAACUAUAACUGGUGCAGCUAAAGAAGCUGCAAGUGCUCCAUCAGGUGCUAAGAAGUUCGCAGUCAAGAAAGUGAUUGAUACAUGGCGUGAAGAUCUAUACGUUCUUGUGGAGUGCACACCGGAUCUAUCAACCUCCGAUUGUAAACAGUGUCUUCAGGCAGCUAACUCCAAGUUACUAAAUUGUUGUGAUAAUAGGCUAGGAGGAAGAGUCUUGUUUCCAAGCUGUCAUUUUGGAUUUGGAACGUAUUUAUUUUACAAUGAAGCUGCAGUGGCGCUACCACCUACGCCAGUUGUUCUUCCCCCUCCAUUUCCAGGUCCAAGAUCAGAAGGAAAAGUUGUUGCACUUAUACUAUCUGGAGAAGGAAGAAUCUCAGAAAAGAGGAAAGAGGAAAUAGCCAAGGCGAUCAAUUAUUUGACUUGGCAGGAGGAGGAACAAUUGGGGAUAACUAUUCAAACAGCAAUAUUCAAGGAGAGGUGA